ACAGAGGAAACAAACAUGCUGAGUUGGUUAGACGGUAGAACUGAGAGGAACGAACCGCACCAGCAUCUCAACAGUAGAAAAGAAGGACAAUCUGAAUGUUGUUCAUGCAGCAGAGCAGCUUUUUCUGCUAAAGGAAAGUUUGAAAAAGCAACAUCAAACCUCGACCUCCAGCAAGGGAAGGAAGACGCUGCCAAGAUGUUCAACACCAAAAGACUGAAGCAGAAGUCUCAGUCAGUGGAUAUUGCCAGUCAAGGUUUUUCUCCAAGUCUGGUGCCAGCCUCGCCCCGCAACAAGGCUGCACCACCUGUUGCCAAGGCGACCACCGGCCUGGCGGUGCUGGAAAACAACACCACCAACUCCCAGCUGCGCUCUCCUCGAUGUGUCGAACUGAAAAGAGGGUACACCAUAGAUACCGGUCAGAAGAAGACUCCAGAAAAGAAGGAUGGGAGGCGCAUGUCGUUCCAGAGACCUAAAGGAACCAUUGAAUAUUCUGUGGAAUCGCGGGACACGUUGAACAGCAUUGCACUCAAGUUUGACACCACACCCAACGAGCUGGUUCAGCUGAACAAGCUGUUCUCCAGAGCAGUGGUGCCUGGCCAGGUUCUGUACGUUCCUGAUCCCGAGUACGUCUCCAGUGUGGGAAGCUCCCCCUCCCUCAGUCCCAUCAGCCCCCUGUCUCCCACCUCCUCUGAAGCUGAUUUAGAGAAGGUGACGGAGACUGAUGUCCCCCCAAGACCAGAAGGCGUUCAUCCCCCAGUGUUCUCAGCUCUGCGCCAGUCCAGAGUGGUCUCAUCCACCUCCGAGGAGGAGGAGGCCCUGACGGAGAAGUUCCUCAAGAUCAACUGCAAGUACAUCACCGACGGCAUGGGUGCAGUGAGCGGGGUGUUGCUGGUGACACCCAACAACAUCAUGUUCGACCCUCACCGCAUGGAUCCCCUGGUUCAAACCCAUGGAUGCGAGGAAUACGGCAUCAUGUGUCCUCUGGAGGAGGUGCAGUCAGCUGCCAUCUGCAAGGAGAUCACCGACCCAGUGAUCAGAGAGGCGGUCCCCGAUGACUUGGAGCCUCUGCCAGCUGAAAGGCACCCAUCCCAGCAGAAAGACCCGGAGCACCGCCUGAAGGACCCAGGGGCAAAUGAAAGCGACAGCACAGCCCCACUCAGGACCGAGGGCUCUAUCUCUGAAGAUGUCUUCACCGAGACGGAGCUGUCCCCUAUUCGGGAGGAGGAGCAGGCUUCCAACGAGGACCUCCGCCAGGACAAAUCGCCUGGUGCUUUAGCAAAGUCAGUACAAACCAUCACCCAGGUGGAGACCGCCAGCACUCAGGCACCGAGCAGCAUUCGCAACUCAGUCAGCCAGCCUGAGGAGCCCAACAUGACUAAAUCAGAGGACAAUCCACCAGACACUGCCACAGUUAAUGAUAGCCAGUCCCCCAUGGGAUCCAAGCAGCAAAGUUUAGAGAAGCCACCAAGCACACCCACUACUACAACCACUACCACCGACGCCAUCACCAGCAGCAGCAGCUACACUAGCCAGACCCAAGGUCCCAGAGGCAGCACCUCUUGCCCAGGGUCCCAAAGCUCAGUUACCACUUCUGUCUCAGCCAGUCAACAGGGCGAUGCCAACCAGGAUACCAAUGUCUCCAAAACGGACACUAUGCAACAAGGCAUGGAGGAGAAGGAACAUGCAGAGCCAACGCAAAAGGAUGACACACAGAACUCUGCUGAGGGUACAGGGUCUGCUGAGAGGAGGAAGCACCGCUCUCACAAGUUCUUGUGUCUGCGAGUGGGGAAGCCCAUGAAGAAGACAUUUGUUUCCAACGCCAGCGCCUCCAUGCAGCAGUAUGCCCAGCAGGGCAAGAAAAACAAGUACUGGUUUGCUGUGCCACAGGAGAGAUCAGAGCACCUAUAUGUAUUCUUCAUGCAGUGGAGUCCGGACAUGUAUGGAGAGGGCAUCAGGGGGAUGGGACAAGAACCUGGAUUCAUGGUGAUCAAAAAGAACGUUGCAUCGGAAACCCCUGACGAUGAGCCCAUCAAUGACCUUAAUGUGAAGGAAUGGGAGGUAGUGUCUCUAGCGGAGUACCACCGUCGGAUUGAUGCACUAAACAGCGAAGAUCUGCGCUCGCUCUGCAAACGACUCCAGAUUACCACCAAGGAAGAGGUGAACUCCAAGCAUGGCAUGUCGAUCAAAGCUGAGCUGGAGCCUGAAACGUUUAAACCCAACCUCAAAGAACCCAGUGAACUCCUGGAGGCCGACCAGAUAGAGAAGCUUGCCAGGAAUCUCCCACCACGGACCAUCGGGUACCCCUGGACGCUGGCGUUUGGCACUUCAAAGCACGGCAUGAGCAUCAAGACGCUGUACAGAACCAUGCAGGGCCAGGACACCCCGGUUCUCAUGGUGAUUAAAGACAGCGACGGCCAGGUGUUUGGUGCCCUGGCGUCUGAACCCUUUAAGGUCAGCGACGGCUUUUAUGGCACAGGAGAGACCUUCCUCUUUACCUUCAAUCCAGAGUUUCAGGUGUACAAAUGGACUGGUGACAACAUGUUUUUCGUCAAAGGAGAUAUGGACUCCUUGGCUUUUGGUGGUGGAAGCGGCGAGUUUGGCCUGUGGUUGGACGGAGACCUCUACCACGGCAGGAGUCACUCCUGUAAAACCUUUGGGAACCCCAUGCUCUCCAAAAAGGAGGAUUUCUAUGUCCAGGACAUAGAGGUGUGGGCUUUUGAAUAACAAAUCGGUGCACCACAGGGAAAAAACAAGUCCUACAAAGGACAAACCAAGGAGUGGUCCUACUUCAGAACAAUGGCAACAUCCCAAACCUAACUGCACAUCACCAAGGCUCCCCUGUCUGGAAGCCAGCUAUUGGAUGCUUGUUGUGCAUUACUACUGCAGUUAUUAUGGAGCUUUGUUGUUUUUUUGUGUGAAAAAUUUCCUAUGUGUGUAUCUUAUUACAGCCUUGUGCUGCAUCUUUGCAGAGUAGGGAGAGUAAGAAAAAGAAAGGUUGUGCUAAAGCAAGGUGGGGACCAUGGGGCUUCACUGAAUGCAACUGGAGUUCCUCUCUGAGGUCAUAGGUCAAGAUGAUUGUGGCUGAGGUUUGGGACUGCUGCAAGUAAGACAGCUGCCCCAACACACCCCAGUAGUGCAUCACAACUUUGAAGAUCCUCAAGGAAUCCCAUCACCACCACCCUCUGGGAUCCGGCCUAGAACCUUUUCUUCAAUAGGAUGUUACUCACUGUGCGGUCAGCCUUUAUGGAGAGAGACCCAGUUAGAAGGAGAGACCGUAGACAGGAGCUGAACACAUUCCAUUACUCUUGAUUGUGGAGUGUCAAAAGUGGUGAUUUGUGGUGAACAUAAAAAAACACAUCUGCAGCAGGAUCUGUUGACAUUAAACUAAGAGAAGAGCGAAUAUUUGCUGUGUGUGUAGUGAGGAAGGGGGGACGGUUGUCUUUUUACAGUCCAGUUUUGGGUUGUCCCCUGAGACUUAACGUAUUGAGUAUUGUGUAUUGUAGUCCUCCCGUCGUUCACUGUCACAGCACACCACCCGAAAGCACAUAGAUAUAACCACAUCACCCAUUUUCGUAUCGUUCUGUUCAGUGGGUGUACGUGUGAGUCCAGUUAACACCAGCUCCCCUCGGCCGGAUGCUGGCUGUACUGUUCGUAGACAGUAACGUGUUGCAAUAGAUUUGUGGAAUAUGCAAAUAAACUGUCCUGUGACCUCAAAUAACCCGCCGGGUUGCGGCAUUUUUGUCGUUGCCAGUCGCUCUUUCAAGAGAGAAACGUGUAAAGCUUUUACGUCUUGAUAUACAUAAUUGCUUCUCUGGGUAUCAUUUGAAGGCCUGAGAGGUGGUUACCUGUUUUACAUGCAUAUAUGACAAUUAUAUAUUGUAUAUAUGAUUAUAUGAGGUUAUAUAAUCAUAUAUAUUUUGCUGUUGAGUGUGACAGUUAUAUAUUUGUGCUGAUAUUUCAGCUGCUACGAUAUAUUGUAUAUUACCUUGUAAAUUAAUGUUAAAAUAGAAGACAUGUUGCUAUAUAGAUAUAUAUAAUUACAUAAUCCUACACAAACACACACAUAUAUAUAUAUAUAUAUAUAUAUAUAUUAUAAAUAUAUAUUAUAUAUAUUUAUAAUAUAUAUAUAAUAUAUAUAUAUACGUGUAUAUAUAUAUAUAUAUAUAUAUACAUAAUAUAUAUAUUAUAUAUAUAUUUAUACGUGUGUAUAUAUAUAUAAUGUGUGUGAAUCAAUGGAUUGCUUCUAGCACUUUAAUCUGGUUCAAAAGCGUCAGGUUCUUAGAUUAUCUUAGAAGUAGCUGUACAGUAUUUUUUUUUCUCCUUUGUCCAUAAUGAUAACUAUUAACUGUUACUAGAAAGCUUGCUGCUACCAAUAUCAACAGGAAUAUGCCCUAAUGCACUGAGGGAAAAAAGGAUUACUCUGAGGAUGUAAAAGGGGAUAAAAUGUUGUUAAAGACAGCAGCAGGCCUCGGUUUCUCUCCACACGUGAUCGUCAGGUGAGUCUGACCCGGUGUGAAGGCAGAUGCACAUAAACCUGGGAGAACACAACCCUCCUCCAUGGACUCCUGACUUUUCUUCUCCCCUCAUAUUCUGGUCUUCCACGCCAGUAUUUGUGUCCAUGUGGAAAGUCACAGCAAGUAAAUAUGUUUACUACUUUAAUUUCACCAGAGCAUUGUAUCAGUGAUGUACAAAUCCUAAUAAAGCUGAAGUAAUUGUAA